AUUAUAUAUAAUAUUAUUAUAGAGUCUAUAAUAAUAUUGUCUUACAUAUUUAUAUAGAUACUAACAAUAAUUCUUCUUAGUCAUUUUGUUCAUUUUUGAUUGUCGUCACAUAUUAAAAGUUUGUUUCAAAGUGAAAACAAGAAAAAAUGUCGAGCUUAAAAUUAUCUUCUUUUUUGAAAAACUCAGGUAUUAAGUUUGCUCUGAAUGGUGUCACRAAAAGGUCAAUAGCCUCGUUGUCAUCCUUGUCAGAGACUCAUCGGUUGUUGUAUAAGACGUGUAGAGAUUUUGCUGAAGGAGAAUUAAAACCUGUUGCAGCUAAAAUUGAUAAGGAACAUUUAUUUCCCGAAAAACAGAUUAAAGAAAUGGGAGAACUAGGAUUAAUGGCUAUUGAUAUUCCAGAAUCAUUAGGAGGUACUGGUCUCGAUUAUUUAGCAUAUGCUAUUGCUAUAGAAGAAAUUUCUAGAGGUUGUGCAUCAGCUGGUGUUAUUAUGAGUGUAAAUAAUUCUUUGUACCUUGGCCCAAUUAAUAAAUUUGGAAAUGAUCAACAAAAAGAAGAGUAUAUCAGGCCUUUUACAACUGGUGAAAAAAUUGGAUGUUUUGGUCUCAGUGAACCAGGUGAAUAA